GGCUCAAGGAGACACUGAGCAAACAGCUUUCCAGAGAGCUUCAACUCGGCUGUCAGAAGGGGCAGUUUGGUUUCUGUGCAAGCAAUACUCGCAUUCCAAACAGCAUUAGAGAAAAGCCAGUGGGUUUGUAUGCAUUUUUAUUAUCAGUUCCAGAUCAGGAACCUGAUGCUAAUUUCUUCUUAAAGCCUGUGUUUGUGGUACAAUUUAUAUUCUACAACAAAAAAAAGGAUGGCGAUGUUUUUCUCUUGCUAGCUUGCUCUUUUCUUUUCUUUCUUUUUUUUUCCCCCCUUCCUGGCUUUACUCCAAGGACCUUUCCUGCUUGUUCAUUACAUUCUCAAGAUGAAGCACCCGAUGGUUACAGCAGUGCUGGUAGUACUAGUGCAGGUUUCUCAGAAUUUCCCUGCCUUAUACCACCGAAGUUGGUGGAGGCUGUUAAAGGAAGGAGAUAGUUGUGGAAAAUGCAAUUUGGCACUUUGCUCCGAGCCUAAAGACUGUCCAGCCGGGACUGUAUUGGACCGUUGCGGCUGCUGUCCUGAAUGUGGAAAUGCGGAAGGUCAGAUCUGCGACUUGGACCAGGGCAAUCAUUUUUACGGGCAGUGUGGGGACAACCUUGAGUGCAGGUUGGAUGCUGAUGAAGCAAGGUUUGGGGAAGUCCCUGAACCCCAGUGUGUGUGCAAGUCUCAAGAGAGCAUCUGUGGACCUGAAGGGAAAACCUAUGAGAACAUCUGUCAAUUCAACAAGGCUUAUGCUAUGAAAAGGAAUAUCAGCAUGAAACACAAAGGACCAUGUGAAUCAGCUCCUGUUAUUUCUAUGCCACCUCAAGAUGUCCAGAAUUUUACAGGCAACGAUGUAAUUUUUGGCUGUGAGGUGUCAGCCUAUCCUAUGCCACACCUUGAAUGGAAAAAAAAGGGGAAUAAAAUGUUUCUGCCAGGAGAUGACGCCCACAUCUCAGUACAGGCAAGAGGUGGGCCUCAGAAGUAUGGUGUGACGGGCUGGCUGCAGAUUCAAGGCCUCAAAAAAUCAGAUGAGGGCAUUUACAUCUGCCACACCAAAAAUAAGUAUGGUGCAACAUAUGCCUCUGCAAGAUUGAAAGUCAUUGAUGGCUCAUCUUCUGCAUUCUCAUUUCAUGCUGGCAGUAGAAGUGCAAGCUACAGCAUUGAAUAUGGGGACUAUUAUGACCAUUCUGAUGAUGAAGAUGAGGAAGAAUAUGAAUCUGGGGACUAUGAAAAUUGAAACAACUCUGAAUAAUAAUUUUUAUACAUCUGUUGUCCAAUACCUUUCACACUCUGCUAUUAUUUACUCGUAUUUACUCUGUGCUGCAAAUGGCUCCUCUGAUAACACACGUAUUCACUUGUGUAUCCACCUUCCUGGAAUUCAACUUUGGCUGAAGUGUUAUCAUGCUACUUACCAGAAAUAAGAACAGUUGUAAAUCCAUACAUUUAGACUGUUAAAUAAAA